AUGCCCUCAUCCAAGGUGUCCCUCCACCAGGCGGAGGCCUUCCUGUCCUUCGUCAACGCGUCUCCUACCCCCUUCCAUGCUGUCAAGUCUGCCAAAGAGCGGCUAGAAGGGGCCGGCUUCAAGCAAAUCAAGGAACGCGACGCCUGGUCUUCGACGCUGCAGCCGGGCGGCAAGUACUACCUUACGCGUAAUACCUCAUCCAUUGUGGCCUUCGCCGUUGGCAAGAAAUGGAAAGCCGGAAACCCCGUCGGCAUGAUAGGUGCCCACACAGACUCGCCCUGCCUCCGCAUCAAGCCGGUGUCCAAGAAGCAGAACGAGGGUUUCCUGCAAGUUGGCGUCGAGACAUACGGCGGUGGGCUGUGGCAUACCUGGUUUGACCGUGACCUCAGCAUAGCUGGGCGGGUCAUGGUCAAGACCUCGGAUGGGAACUUCGUGCAGAAGCUUGUCAAAGUUGACAGGCCGAUCUUGCGCGUGCCAUCACUAGCCAUACAUCUCGAUUCGCAAGAACCGUUUCAAUUCAACAAGGAGACGCAAUUGUUUCCAAUAGCCGGACUGGUAGCUGCAGAGCUGAACAGGCAGGGCAAGACCGGCAAGGAGGAACCGUCUAAGUCCGAGAAGGACGAUGCCAAAGACGGAUCUGUCGAGCCUCUGAAAGCCGUCACCGAACGGCAUCACCCCUACAUUGUUGAUAUCAUCGCUGAAGAAGCCGGCUGCGAGGCGUCCGACAUCCUUGACUUCGAGAUUGUCCUCUACGACACGCAAAAGUCGUGCAUCGGCGGUCUCAAUAACGAGCUUAUCUUCUCUGCCCGCCUCGACAAUCUGAUGAUGACCUUCUGCAGUAUCGAAGGGCUGGUCUCAUCCCUCUCCUCGUCCUCAGCUCUCGACAACGACUCCACCAUCCGGCUAAUCGCCUGCUUCGAUCAUGAAGAAAUCGGCAGCCAGACUGCGCAAGGCGCCGACUCGAACCUCCUGCCCGCCGUGCUGCGCAGACUCUCAGUCCUCCCCUCCUCCAGCGAGUCCGAGUCGGACGCAUCCUACGACAAAGUCGGCGUGAGUAUGGACGAGGCAGCAACAGCCUACGAGCAGACUCUGUCCACCAGCUUCCUCAUCUCAGCCGACAUGGCGCACUCCGUCCACCCCAACUACCCCGGCAACUACGAGUCCUCGCACCGUCCGGAGAUGAACAAGGGCACCGUCAUCAAGAUCAAUGCGAAUGCCCGGUACGCCACUAACUCGCCUGGCAUCGUCCUCCUGCAGGAAGUCGCACGGAGAGCGAAGAAGGCGUCGUCGCCUAGCGCGUCAUCAAGCUCGGAAGGCGUGCCGCUGCAGCUCUUUGUCGUGCGGAACGACUCGCGGUGCGGCAGUACGAUUGGCCCGAUGCUGAGCGCGGCGCUGGGGGCGAGAACGCUGGAUCUGGGAAAUCCGCAGCUGAGCAUGCACAGUAUUCGCGAAACGGCGGGCGCGUGGGAUGUAGAGCACGCGGUUAAUCUGUUUGAGAGCUUCUUUGUGCAUUUUGCGGAGGUGGAAAAGAAGAUUUUCGUGGACUGA